GCCCCGGUCCCCCUUCUCCGGGAUCCUGAAGCUCGGAUCUGGGGAGAGAGGAGGAGGAGAUACCCUGUGGUUUUCCUUUGCGGGAUUUAUUUUGUCAGCUCCAAAACCUUCUUGUGCUUUAUCUUUUUAUAGUGACCGAAGGCCUGCAACUUGUCCGGACGGUCCCUCCCCACUCGCAAGGGAGGCAGAGUUUGCUGACCUUGGGUAAGAGGAGUAGGUUCCUGGAGAAGAAAGAUGUGGCAUCACCUGCUCAACUCACCAUGGCGGGACAUGUUCACUGAGCAGAUAUUUGCUUUAACUUGAAAAGCUCUUCCUCUGGCGGAAUUGACAGCUUGGUGAUAACGUGUUUAAUAGAUCAUUUUACACCUCUGUCGUAGGAUUUGAUGGACUGCCUUUGGGGAUCUUCGCUUGGAACCUUGCUUGGUUCAGUGACUCGAUGCAGUUUUGAGUUCCUGUAAAAGGCUUCAUCUGUUGGAUAUUACAUGGUUACCUUGGAUCUAAUACACUGAUAACAUUCGCUUGGAUAUUGUGGAGAUUCUCCUCGGGUUUUCACACAAGUGGAGGUCGAGCAGUGCCAGUGUUUGGCCCUUGAAGAGUUUGAUUCUCUGUAAGAGGAGGGUUUAUCUGGAUGUUUCCCAUGAAGGACAUGGAUGGCCCUCGAUCUAGUGGCCUCCGCAAGAAGAGGAAGUCGAGGUCAGUGAGGGAUCGGGAGAGGAGAUCAAAUGGGAUAAGGAACAACCAUGUUAAGGGCUCCGUCUUUCGCUUCUCCUCCGACUCAGAGAGGGAGGGCGGCAGGGAUCCCUCCUCAUCCCGCCCUCGUCCCCCACGAAGAAAGCGAAAGGAGUCUAGUUCUGCUGAAGAGGACAUCAUCGAUGGCUUCUCCAUCACGGGGUUCGUGACCCUGGAGGCUCUGGAGAAGAAUAUGACGCUGAAGCCCCCAGAGUGCAGAGACAACCAGGCAGGGCCCCUGCACAAGAAGAAGCCUGUCAGAGUCCCUAACGGCCUGAGCCUGGAGCCCUGCAAGAACAAUCACCACCACCAACAGCCUUCAGACCAGGAGAACAACCCCCGCCUUGCACACACACAGGGCAAGAGGAAGAAGAAGCACCUGAACAAGAAACACACAGUGCUGAAGCCAGGGCAGAACAACUGUAAGGACAGCGACAGCGAGAGUGUAAGCGGAGAGUCCAAGCCCUCCAUCAGGAGCAGCUCCAGAGACAGACUGACAGAUUGUGACACCGAGAGUGACCAAGAUGACAAGGUUUCCGAUGCCAGCUCAGAGAAAUUUUUCAGCACAGCUGCAGUUAAAGUUCCAGAUUUUGGCAUCAAUGUGCUCUCCACCAAUGGCAGCCAGGAGCCUCAUGGCCCAGGCCUCCUCAAGGUUUCAGGCCUAGAGCGCAGUCAGGAGAGGAGCCAGGAGAGCUGCAGGGACCCCCCACGCCCUGCAUCCAUCACCCCAAGUCAACCCCUGCCCCCCCAAGCCCUGCCCUGCCCCUUCCCCCAGCCUCAGCCAUCCGUCCCCCAGCCCCUGUCCCCUCGUCGGACCCAGACGAACGGCCCUACCCAGGCCCCGGCCUCCACACACCUGCCCCCACGCUCAGAGGCUCUCCCCAGGCCUCAGACGCCCGCAGCCCUGCCUCUCGCCCAGGGCCAAGAGGCCUCACCACCCCCCCCUCCCCGGCCCCAGCACCAGCCUGAUCUGCUGUCCAACCCCCGGCCUCCGCCGACGCCCAGCCUUCACCCACACCCACCAUCACCUGCCCUCCCCACCCAUCACCCUCACCAACAGCACCCCAGCCAGGCAGGGCCCCACCGGCCCCCAUCACGCUGCCACCCCCGUCCCCUUUCUGCCUACAACGGCCUCAACCUCAACGGUCACAGCAGCAGCAGGAGCAGCACCCCAGGCACCAAGCCCCACGGGCCCCCUGCUACCUCCUUACACCUCCCCCACCACCCACCUCCUCCUGCAGCGGCCGCAGCAGCAGCCUCCAACUUCCCCCUGCCCUUGGCGGCUAACCAGAACACCCCCCACAGCUUCCCUGCCUUGCAGUCCUCGCCGCACCCACAUCACCCCAAUAUGUUCGCUCCUCCAGCGGCCUUGCCUCCACCACCACCACUUACGUCUAGCACCCUGCCAGUACCCGGACAUCCUGCUGCUGGGAGUGCCUACUCAGAGCAAGACCUUCUGCGCCAGGAGCUCAACACCCGUUUCCUGGCCUCCCAGAGUGCCGACCGCGGCGCCUCACUGGGCCCUCCACCCUACCUGCGCACUGAGUUCCACCAGCACCAGCAUCAGCACCAGCAUCAGCACCAACACACCCACCAGCACACCCACCAGCACACCUUCACGCCCUUCCCCCACGCCAUCAUGCCCACCCCAGCACCGCCCAUGGUGCGUACCCCUGCCAGAAAUUUUGAAAAAUACCCAACAAAAGUUGAUCCCUUCUACAGACACAGUCUCUUCCACUCCUACCCACCGGCCAUGUCUGGCCUUCCCCCGUCAUCCCCCCCGACCGGGCCCUUCGGCUCGCUGCAGGGCGCCUUUCAGCCCAAGACCUCUAACCCACUCGAUGUGUCCACAAGACCUGGAGCCGUCCCACACACAUUCUUACAGAAGGACCCCAGGCUAACGGAUCCAUUUCGGCCCAUUCUCAGGAAACCAGGGAAGUGGUGUGCCAUGCAUGUCCAUAUCGCCUGGCAGAUAUACCACCACCAACAGAAAGUAAAGCAGCAGAUGCAGGUCGACCCUCACAAGCUAGACUUUGGCCUCAAGCCUGAGUUCCUGAGUCGACCUCCAGGCCCCAGCCUCUUUGGUGCCAUCCAUCACCCCAGCGACUUGGCACGUCCCGCAACGCUCUUCUCCGCUGCAGGUCCCACACACCCAUCAGCUGGUCCUUUCGGUCACCCACCACACCAUCCUGGAAACUUCCUCACCCCAGCAUCUCACUUAGAACCUUUCAAUAGGCCUACAUCAUUUGGAGGACUGGGAUCCCUCAGUUCAUCAGCCUUUGGGGGACUGGGAAAUCCAGCACUAAAAUCCCUAGCAGCGGCCAACUCCGUGUUCGGCCAUAAAGAUGGCCCCAAUGCACAGCAGCACUUCAACAGCGGCAGUAACAGUGGCCACCAGGAGCCGUGGAACCGCCUGCACCGUACCCCACCCUCCUUCCCCACACCGCCACCCUGGCUGAAACCCGGAGACUCUGAGAGGAGCACCUCGGCCAGCUCACACGAGAGGGACCGAGACUCUGACAAACGGGAAUCGUUGGUCAGUAAAGACGACAAGGACAGGGACUCUGUAGAAAAGCGUCAUCCAAGCCAUCCGUCCCCAGUCCCUGUCAACCCCAUCAGCCUCCUUGGCCACAACAGGCCUCCUGAGCAUCACAGGAACCAUCUGCCCCCUGCUUCUGGAGAGCCUCAGAGGGACAAGGAGAACAAGGCCAAAGACAGGGAGAGGGAACACUCAGACUCUUGGAAAGACAAUGGCACAGAUGACCAUAAGCUCAAAGACAACCAGCACAGCGACAAGGACACUCCUGUCAUCCAUGACAGCCGAGUGUCAGAGGACAAGGUGUCCAAUAGGGGGGCAGCAUCGCCCUACAUACGGCAGACCAGCCUCGAACGUCCCAACAGCGGCCUGAGCAGGGAGGUCUUGGAGAAGAAGGUAGAGCUGCCGUACGAGCACCAGAAGAAGAACAGUGAGGUAAAAGUGAAGGAGGAGCGGAAGGAGGAGCAAGAAGGAGCCACAGAGAGGGCAAGUGAGCACCCAACACAGGCACCCUCCACGCCAAACCUCCACCCUCCCUCCUCAAUGCCUGUGCCCAUGGGCAUGGCUGGCGUCCACCCCAUCAACACCAUCAGCAGUCUGGACAGAACUCGAGUGGUGGCACCCUUUAUGGGUAUCAGCCCUAUCCCAGGAGCUGACAGGUUCCCCUACCCUGCCUUCCACUGGGACCCGAUGAGGGACCCCUACAGGGGCCUGGACAUUCACAGACGGGAUCCUUUGGCUAGGGACCUGCUGCUGAGGAAUGAUCCUUUGCACCGGCUGGCAGCACCUCGCCUCUACGAGGCUGAGCGCUCGUACAGGGAUCGCGAGCCUCAUGACUUUAAUCGGGAUCACAUCCACCCUCUGGCCCUGGAGCAUAGGAGGGAGCAGGAGCGUGCCCAGCUGGAGGAGCGCGAACGGCUCAACAUGCUUAGAGAGGACUAUGAGCAUGGGCGCCUCCACCACUCAAUGCACCAUCCAGCCCUUGAUGGACACCUUCCUCACCCCGCCCAAGGCCUCAUGGCUCCUGGACUCCCAGGCAUGCACUACUCCAGGGUCAGCCCCACAGCUGCAGCAGCGGCAGCCGCUGCCGCUGCAGCAGCCCAUCAGAACGGUAUCCUCAACAAAACGCCACCCACCGCCUCUCUGAGUGCACCACCUCCACUUAUCCCCACACUGGGUGCCCGGCCCGGCUCACCCAGACGGACUACUCCCCUGGCCACAGAUAUCAGAGACAGACCGCCUCACAAAGACAUCGAGGCACGGUGAGCUGAGCCUCCGUAGACUCAGUGUCCCUGCUGCCCUGUGCCUCACUAACACUGAACUCACACCAAGCACUUAGCUUUGGGCAAAGCAAGACUGUAACAUAGCUGUGAAUAACUUAUGUGGGCAGAGACAUGCCCACACAAUGAAUUGUUUUUGUAUAAAACUACAGAGACAAUAAUCAUGGAACAAAAAAUUGAUUUUUCAAAGAUUUUUUUCCAGUUUGCUCCAGUUUUUUUGUGGUCAUUCUUUCUCUUGUAAAGCGAAGUGACGUGAGUAAGAAUGAAUUCCAAUUUUGGAAUGUACAGGUACUUCAGCACUGACAGACAGCAAAGUGUGUAGAUAAUGUGUACAGUCGCUGUGCUCGCUCUGUAUGGAUUAAAAAUCAUGGUACAAAUAUGCAAAAGGGUGUUUUGAAAGCUUUACUUUGAACACAUGUAAAUAGGAGGAGUAUUACAGCGGUGAUUCAGAAUGUGCUUUUUGCUGUUUGUUUUUUUGGUUGACGCAGCUGAUUAGCAUUGUACCAGAGACCCCAUAUUCAACUAUGCAACAAAUGUCUGGGCUCCCUUUCUGAAAGCUGGCCUUCUCACCACUACUGACUGUGUACCAAUAAAGGACAAAAAGCUGUAUUCUCUCCACAACUCAGACUUGACACACUUUGGGUCCACGCAAACAGAUACAAGCUUUAACGAAUCCACACAGGGUUUGUAGGUAGUCAAUUGGGUUAAAUUGAUAAAUUGUGGUGACAAUCCUAGAAACAGCUGAUGGAAGUAUUGCAUUUCAAAGAAUAUUCAGUGUAAAAAGCCAGCAGUGCAAAUGUUAAGAUUCUUCAUUUUUUCCCCCCAUUCUUCCUUCACUCAGUUACCACCAGUCUUGUUCUGGGGAGAAUGCAGCAUAUUAAACACUAUGACAGCACAUCUGCCCUAUUGAAGGAGUGUAAAGUACAUGUUUUGGAAAUAGGUUCUGUUGGUCAAACUGUAUUAAAGUGCUUUCCUAAGUUGUUGUACCUACAAAAUCAAAAGACAAAAAAGCUAUGGUCUAAACUAUGGACAGUUUGUUUCUAAUGAGCAGAGAUCUAUUUUAGUAGUCCACUGAAGGUUUAGUUGUGCGCUUCAAACUCUGUGAUAUCAUGUCGUGCAGUGUUUUUUAAUCCAACAUAAAAAUGUCCACCGGAGCCAUAGUGGUUAGUCGAUGCGUAUUGCAAAAAGAUUGUUAAAUGAGAAACCUUUUUUGCUGUUUACCAUGUACAGGGAAAAAAAUGAAGUCUUUCUAGAUCAUGUACAAAAAUGAGAAAAAAAUGAAGCGACUGAAUCUUCAGCAUGCUCCUCAUUUAAACUUGUGUUAUGUAAAUUGUGCCAUGUUAUUAAAAAAUGUGUACUAA